CACUUUCUCCUCGGAGAGCAGAGUAUGGGUCUGGUGUAUGGGCGCUGAGAGAGUCGCCACCAACCAAGCGGCCGUGAGCCGUCUCCCCGCACUGCCCCCCUGAGAUGUGGCUUCAACGCAGUUGGGCCCAGGACAGGAUCCAGAUUGUCCAUCAAACACUGCAUCACCUCCGCAGGAUCUACAGCAUGAAGCUGAGCUCAGUAACGUGGGUCGAGGCCAUAGUGGAACACUUCACACUUCUCUUGGAUCGGCAGUUCAGAGAGCUGGAAGUCUGUGUCAAGAAAGCAAGCCCAGGGUCCAGGGCAAGGAAGAAUGCCACAGUUCUUAAAUAUUUUAAGGAUCUGACAAAGUUUCUGAAACAGAAGGGAUUCAGUGACUGUGCCUGGGAAAUAACCUACACUGAGACCAGGGCACAUUUACAACAGCUCCUUCUCAUCAUGGCAACAAUCAGCAGGGAUUACUGAAGAUUUUUAAAAACUGAUUCUUAAGAGUCUAAAAUUAAAGACUAUUUAUUUAAAAUAUCACCUUCUGAUUUUCAGAAUGUGCAACUUCAGCAUUUUUUGACUACUAUAUUUAUUUUUCUGAUACUGAUGUGAAUUUCAACUUGCAAGAGAUGGAGAACAAAGAUCUUUUGGCUCAUUCUAUGUAUUUAUGUGUUGUUUUAAUUUGUUGAUAUUUAUUUUUGUAUCAUUAUCCUGUGAUGAAAUGUGAAUCAAAGACUGGCAGCUGCUGCAAUGCAGAGUUCCAUGACUGGAAAAGGUGCUCUGUGGUCAGCGGAUCAUUGUCAAUGCCUUGCUGCAGCUUGCCUCUGUUAUGGUCGAUACUAUUUCACUUCCUACUCUGAACUGCACUGGUGGCAUUUCAUAUUGAAUGAUCUCAUCUAUAUGAACUGUUACAAUGUCCGUCCAGUUUGCUUCUGUUAAAACGGUUUGAACUUUAGAAUUGUAACUUUUUGCCUCUUUUACUGAAAAUUCGUCCUCCAUGUGUCUCUGCUGCAAUGAGACUGUGCAUUGGGAGUGCACCAGCCUGCACUGAGCCAGCUCAGGUGGUGGGUUUGCUGAACCAUUGUGCUUAACUUCAUCCUUCACUCAAAGUAUUGAUUAUGAGAAUGCUGUCUCACUGGUCAGAAUAUAUAUUCACCAUAAUUUAUUCAUAUUUUCAGCAAUAUUUAUUUUUAAACAUAUGUGAAUAGAGUUGAAUAUCUUUGUUAAUUUAUUGUUGUUGAGAGAUAAACAAUGGAUGAUAUUUU